UUUUUCUUUAAAACCCAGUUGUGUUUCAUCUUGGUUUUGUUUUUUUAGCUCUAAAUGAGUGUCAAGAUUUCAUUAAUGGGCUAUUUGUAUCAUUUUGGCUGAAAAAAAAUCCAUGCUUUUUUACUUACUUGUACUAUAUUUCCUUGUGGAUCUAUAUAUCUUGCUAUUUUUUUCUUGCUAAAAGUUUUGUGGGUUUUCAUUUUCAAGCACUAUUUCCAUCUGGGGUACCUACAAACUUUGGUUUUUUCAAGAAAAAAGUCACCUUUUUGGACCUUAUCCACAUCUUGUUCAACUUUAAGCAUUAACAAUGAGAAACCCAUUAUUGGGUUGUCAAGUUUGGGCAAUAUUUGUGUUGAUUCCAUUCAUAUCUUUAAUAGAAUCAGUUAAUGGAAUAGGGGCAAAUUGGGGAACACAGACAUCUCAUCCAUUGCCUCCUGAAACAGUAGUGAGGAUGUUAUUGGAUAAUGGGAUCCAAAAAGUGAAGCUUUUUGAUGCAGAUUAUGGUGCUCUAAGAGCUUUAAGUAAGUCUGGAAUUGAAGUUAUGGUUGGCAUACCUAAUGACAUGCUUGCUACUAUGGCUAGUAAUAUGAAAGCUGCUGAUCAUUGGGUUUCAAAAAAUGUUUCUGCUCAUCUUUCUAAUAGUGUCAACAUCAGAUAUGUGGCGGUUGGAAAUGAACCAUUCUUGGCAACAUAUAAUGGUACUUUUCUAAGAUACACCUUUUCAGCCCUCCGAAACAUCCAGGCUGCUCUGGUAAAAGCCGGACUAGGGACCAAAGUUAAGGUCACAGUGCCCCAAAAUGCAGAUGUCUACACGAGCGGGAAUGAUCCCCCAUCAGGUGGUGACUUCCGAGCCGAUAUCCAUGACUACAUUUUCCAAAUCACCAAAUUCUUAAAUGAUAACGGGUCCCCCUUCACAGUCAACAUCUACCCCUUCAUAAGUCUUUAUAUUGACUCCAACUUCCCAGUUGAGUAUGCUUUCUUUGAUGGUCAAGCAACUCCCGUGAACGAUGGUGGGGCAACCUACACAAACAUGUUUGAUGCAAAUUAUGAUACCCUUGUCUGGGCCCUACAAAAGAAUGGGUUUCCAAAUAUGGGAAUCAUAGUAGGGGAAAUUGGUUGGCCUAGUGAUGGGGAUCGGAAUGGUAAUAACGAGUAUGCUCAAAGGUUCAUGCAAGGGUUCAUGACUCGUAUGGCUGCUGGAAAAGGGACGCCUAUGAGACAGGGGCCGAUUGAAGCAUAUUUAUUUAGUUUAAUCGAUGAAGAUCAAAAAAGCAUUCAACCCGGAAACUUUGAAAGGCAUUGGGGAGUGUUUUACUUUGACGGGCAGCCCAAAUACUCACUGAAUCUUGGCACAACCACCAAUGGGGCUCUUGUCCCUGCCCGCAACUUGAAAUACUUGCAGAGGAAGUGGUGUGUGCUUAAGGAUUCGGUUAAGAUGGAUGACCCAUCAAUAGCUCAGUCAGUGAGUUAUGCAUGCGCACUUGGUGAUUGCACGAGUCUAGGGUAUGGAACUUCUUGUGGCAAUUUGAAUAUUGAACAGAAUGUUUCAUAUGCUUUUAAUAGUUAUUACCAGAUAAACAAUCAGCUGGAUGAAGCAUGUAAGUUCCCAAAUGUUUCCACGAUCACAAAAGACGACCCCUCAACUGGAACCUGCAGGUUUGGGAUCAUGAUCGAGCCGUACUAUGGGGGUGCUGACAGAAGGGUUGGCUCAGGUGGAUUUCUUGCAGGACUGGUUCUUUUAUUGCUUACAGUUCUGUAAAUGACUUAAGUUGUUUUAUGUCUCAAACCAAUGAACUUAUUAUGGUGAGGAGCAUCAAUCAAAUUGUGAAUUUGAGCUCUUCAAUUUUGUAUGCGACUUUUGGGUUUAAUUUGGCUUUGAGACUGUUUUUGUCA